AAAAACUGAGUGGAAUAACGACUAACCUGACUAACCUGUCUGUUUUCUCCUGCAUUGUUUCGGUAAUUGGUUUCUCGCAAAUAUCCAUCAAAUUAGAUGAUUUACAUAUAUAAACACCGCCUGGAUUUGUUAUGUUGUCAGAACACUGUAGUUCUAGAAGAAUAAGAUUUCCUUGGGAUGAUAACAGCAGAUGCUUACUAAGUAAGGCAAGUUAUACUACAAUUAGGUCUGACCACGGAUAGGGAAACCUAACAUUCAUAAACUGAGCUUAUGAGACUAUAAGCACAAACGUAUUUGUACUACAAUCUACAUACAAUCUAUCACAAGCUAUGGUAUUUAUUUAUUGUGCAUAUUGUUUGUAGCUUUUCGUAAAUGCUCUUAAUUCCAUUUUUUUGCGCAAAGUGAAGUUUGCAUUUUUUUCAAGUGAUCUAAUAGGAUUUAAUAGCCAAUGACUGGCAUUCGCGCCACACUACUUGCACCCGCUCCAGGCGGAGUUGCACGAUUUGGGGAUGAUGUCAUCGCCGAGGCGCUACCUCGGAUCAUCAGGGAGGUGGGCGGGGCGAGCUCGCGAGGAGCGAAUCCAGUUUCAGGUGCCACUCGAGUUUCAAAACAAGUUUGGCAAGUGCGAGGAUCAAACCUGUAAAGUUACGGAGUUCCCCCCCCCCCAAAAAAACCCCGUGCAAUAGAUGAACCAAAGCGGGCUUCAAUUCAUUUACAGGCUAAAUGAAGCAUUCAUUUCGUAUGAGCUCAGCGGUAAAUGUAACUACGGAGAAAUGCACUGGGAGCAGGUACUUCGUUUAAAGAAUGGAAAGAUCGAGCGGUUGGAGAGCAGCCUCGCCCAAGCUGCGUUGGCGGCGGCGUGCAGUGCUGAGGGCUCGCCAGAAGAUGUGGGCCUGGACCCCCAGCGUGCGCGGCAGGCUGUGGUGCAGCUCCAGCAGAAGAUCCUGAAGCUGACAGAACAGCUACGUGUGGAGCAGGCGGCGCGGGACGAGAACGUGGCCGAGUACCUCAAGCUCGCCAACAACACCAAUGACAAGCAGCAGAGCUGUCGCCUAAAACAGGUCUUUGAGAAGAAGAACCAGAAGUCAGCAGCGAGUAUCGCGCAGCUGCAGCGCAAGCUGGAACACUACGGACGGCGGCUGCGCGAGGCUGAGCAGGGCGGCACCGGCGGCGCCGCCGGCCGGCAGCCCCGAGGCGUGCUGCGUGACGUAGGUCAGGGCCUGCGUGGCGUGGGCGCAAGGGUCCUCACAGGCCUGAGCGAGGGCGUGGCCGACAGUGUGCGUGGUGGUCUGUCCAGCUUCUCGCACGCCACACACUCGGCGGCCGGCGCUGUGGCGUCCAAGCCACGCGAGCUCGCCUCGCUCCUGCGCAACCGCUUCGGCAGCGCCGACAACAUCAGCACGCUGAAGGACGGCCACUCUGAGGACGGCAUGGACGGCGGCGACGCGGUGGGACGGUCCCCCGGCGCGCGCCUGCAGGGCAGCCCCAGGUUCGGCAGCGAGGAGGACUGCUCGAGCGCUACGUCGGGCUCGGCUGGGACCGGCAGCAUGACGGGUGCCCCUGGGGGCCUGCCUGGCUCCAGGGGCAACACAUUGGAGCGGGGGCGACGCAGCAGCCUGGAGAUGCUUGUGCAGGAGGUGCAGGAGCUCAGGGAUGUGCAGGCACGGUUGGAUGAAACGCUAGAGGAGCUGAAGAGCCAGUACCAGCGGGACUAUAUGCUGGUGAUGCAGGCACUGCAGGAGGACCGGUUCAAGUGUGAGCGGUUGGAGGAACAGUUGAACGAUCUGACAGAACUCCAUCAGAAUGAGAUUCUGAACCUGAAACAAGAGCUUGCCAGCAUGGAAGAGAAGAUCGCUUAUCAGUCCAAUGAAAGGGCUCGUGACAUACAGGAGGCGCUGGAGGCCUGUCAGACGCGCAUCUCCAAGAUGGAGCUGCAGCAGCAGCAGCAGCAGGUGGUGCAGCUGGAGGGCCUGGAGAAUGCCACGGCACGCACACUCCUGGGCAAGCUCAUCAACGUUCUGCUCACCCUCAUGGCUGUCGUCCUGGUGUUCGUCUCAACCGUGGCCAACUGCGUUGUCCCGCUGAUGAAGACGCGCAACCGUUCCUUCUCCACGCUCCUCUUCCUCCUCCUCUUCGCCUUCCUCUGGAGGAACUGGGACACCCUCUCAGGCCACACCCAGCGCAUGCUGCAAACGCCCAGAUGACUGCACAGUCCCUCAUCAGCCAAUGGCAGUGCUGUGAUGCUUUGACAAGCAGGAAGCAGCAGCCGCCAAUCGUCUCUUCGCUAAGUGGGUGGGGACAGCACAAACUUCUUUUAAGAAACAGGUGUACACGUUUACAUUUUUGAGGCAAGAAGCAAAGCAGGCAACUUUUCCUUGUAGACUGCCUUUGGCACCUCUUUUAUUACAACGUUAAUUAAUUAUAUUGAUAUUGUUCCGAUUUCUAAUAUAAUUGUUUAGUUUUAUCAUAAUUUUAAUCGGUCUGAUGUAGCAUCAACCUCCUGUUAUUCAAACGUAACAGGAAGUGUUUUUUGUGGUUGGACAUUGGAGUUUCCUCCUCCUCACUGCCUUUGGUAGAUUUUUUUUUUACUCUUAUUGGCUGCCUUGAAGGGGGAGGAUUUAUGCACUUUUAGCUGUAAAUUGACACCAGUGUUAGCUUACUCCGGCCCUCACCUUGUUCACGGCACUGGAUUUUAAGACAGAAGGAGGAAUCUUGUGUUGGACAGCUCAUGUUUCCCGGGCAAAAUGGACUAAUGGACAUACUUGAAGUGUGUGGUGCUUUGGGACUUCCUGUGCUUCCAUACUGUUUCUAUUAGUUAUGAAUUACAACUUUCAGGACUUUUAAAGUAAGGUGAAGUAUAAAGACUUUUAAAGAGGCACCACUUUAGUGACUGGAGCCUGUUCACCAUGUGAUAUCAGAGAAAAGGAACAGCUACACAGCUUGUUUUGAAGGACAAACUGCCACUUUCAUGUCCUGAAGCCAUGAAGGCCAUUCUGAGGCCACAAGAAAAAAAAACACCUUGCCUCUUAAUUUUGCCCAGAGUUGGUGAUUUAGAUUGCUGUUUGUACUGAAAUCACAAAAUAACACAUUGGGCAUUUUUCUGAAUAUUAAUAUUUAUAUAGUGUAUCAAGAGCCAAAACUGGUUAAUUAACAUGAAACAAUAUUUAUUUAUACAAAGCUGUGCAUGUUACCAUGCACAUAGAAACAACCUGUCCCUGAAGAGCAUGCAAUCCACUUUGUUAUACAGCACCUUUGGGGUGAUCUGUCUACAUUUGCUGUCUCACCAAACAGCUGAGGUUAAAUGAGUACACUUCCUGGAAAUACUAUUCAGAUGUCUCAUAACUAAACAGGGCAUGCAACAGAUGUUAUUCUUUUUUUAUAGCUCAAAAGAUCAUCAUUAACACCACCAUUAUUAGUGUGAACAAAGUAAACUCAUGUGCAACAUACUCUAAUGAUAGGACUGUAUUAAGGUGUACCUUUUCAAAAUGGAUGUUUUACAGAAUCCCUAUGGGAUUUUUAAAUUAAAUUGUUCAUUUGGCAAAAAAUUGACAUACUAUUUGACUCUGAUGGUGGUUGGUCUUUUAAAUAUGUUUUAACAAAUAUGAUUAAUUGUACAGCCAUUAACACUGUUACUUAACAGUGUAUUUUGUAGUAACUCCUCUUCCUAAUUCAAGGAUAUGUCCACAUAGUGAAUUGGUUUGAUUAUAUGAACAAUUAAAAUUAAAUAAUACAAUAAUUAGAAAAUCUUGGUGAUAUAAAACACCUUUAAUCCUAAAAGUAAUUGGAAAAUCUCUGAUGCUCUCUGAUGACCCAGGUGGACAGGCUCUAAGAUCAACCCACUGUAGAGAUGUUUGACCUUAAUUGACUCCUAUAUAUGUACAAAAGAGCAGCCAGAUGUGGGCAUGUGUGUGAACGUUUGUGUGGAUGGGAGAAUGUAUGCACUGGCAUGCAUGUUGAGCAAUUCUACUGCCUUCUAAUGUCUCUCUUUGUGCUUGGGACUUGUGUAAUAAAGAGCAUUCCUGCCUA